AUGACGGCGACCGAGCUGGUCCAGCCGCUGGCUCUGGGACAAGCACGCGAAGGGCUGCCGCCCAAGCCCGCGCACCCCGUGCUGGGUGGAAAACGCUACGGGGAGUGGCUUCGCGACCAGAGGACCGAGGGCAAGGAGCCAUGGCUCCAGGGCUGGGGCAGGGCUGAGAUGUCGCAGGACGAGGACGCCAUGAUCGACUUCGUGAUCAUCCUGGCGGUGGCGUCGGCGCGCACCGAGGGGACGGCGAAGCAAAAGCUGUUCUUCGCCAUCAGGCAUGCGCACCUGAUUGUCGGGUACAGCGACCCGCUCCUACAUCGGGGAAGGCCGUGGACGACUUUGGCUGGCCUGAAGAGGCUCCAAGGCCCCAGCCACCGGCGCCAGCAGCCAGUCACCCCGCGGACGCUGGCGCGGCUGGAGCAGCCCAUCCACCUGGACGCAGGCCUCGGCCCAGCGGACGCCGCCACCGUGUACGCAGCCACCAUGCUCGCCUUCAUUUUCCUCCAGCGAGCGUCGGAGCACUUGGUUGGGGACAAGUCCUGGUCGCUGGAGAGCGAGGUCCACGGCGAAUACGUGGAAGCAAGAUCCAGCGGUGAGCGAGUCGGCUCGAUGACUCACGCAGACGAAUGCGCCCUGCGCAUCAAGGGGUCCAAGACGGACCAAUGCAACGCGGGAGCCGCGCGUAAUCAGUCCGCUACUCAGUCGACGCUGUGCCCGAUCACGGCGCUCGCGGCUAUGCAGGCGCAGCGCCCGCAGCGCUUCGACCACGGCAGAGGCGAGGCUGCCCCUGUUCUGGUGGGCCUCGGGCGCACCGGUGAAGCGCGAGGAGGCGCGGCACUUCCUCGCGCUGGCAAGCCUCGCGUCGGGCGUUCUCGUUCGCUGAGAAUCGGCGGGGCCGCAGCGAUGUACCAUGUCACGGGCGACAUCGCCAAGGCCCAGGAGGGAGCCGCAGGCAUCAGCGCCGGGCAAGCUACCUCGGGGGGCCUCUCAGCCCUGGGCAGGGCAGCCGCGACAGCAGUCACACCGGGGCACGCAGCGGCGGCCCGUCGGGAGCUAUCGACGAUGAAGAAGGACGAAGGGCACAUCAGCUUGCACCUGAGCGAGGGCAGGAGCGACGUCGUCAACGCGAUCCCCAUGUGGACCGCGGCGAAGCCCAAGGGCCCGCGCGAGGCGCCAGGGGAAGCGAACGCGAGCAAGCCGAGGCCACCUAAGAAGCCCAAGGCGGUCUACUGCGACGCCGGGGCUCAGGGCUCGGAUCAGUUCAACGGCGCGCGCUACCUCCACAAGAACCCGGGGUUCCAGCGCGGGGAUGAGGUCGCGCGCGAGGUGGCUGACAAGCAGCAUCGCGAUUGA